AUGGCAGCUUUAGUAGUUGAGGGAGACAGAUAUCGUUCUCUCCUACAUGGAGAAGAAGAGACGAAUACCAAAUGGAGAUUUGGUACCCUUCCUAACUACAAUACUGUCAACAAACUCUUUGAAGAAGGUAGAACUAAGGUAUGGCCUGCUGGAUCACUUGAAGAAAAGGUGCAGAACCUUGCCAAGUCAUGGGAAAUGGAAAUGAUCCAUAAGACUCGUAUUGAAGACUUCAAGACAAUUGAUACAAACAACUUUACUUUCAGCCUCAAUGGAAGGAAAGCUCAAACUAUUGAAGAAAUAAGUAAGCUUGAUGGAGGAUAUGGCGUAAAUUGGCAAACUUCCCUGCCAAAGGAGUUAAGGGUGUACAACCCAAUUGAUGAUGAAACUGCAGCUUCAUAUAUGAAGACUUUCUCAAAAACAUUCCCAAGAGGAUUUGCUAUGGAGGUUCUCCAAGUGGCCUAA